AGAAGAUGUAUUGUUAGAAUAUGAGAAUACAAAUAAUCCAUUUAAAAUAUAUAAAAUAUGUGGAGCUAGAUAAUCUUUUUUAAGAGACUGUAAAAAAAUCAAGUAUUCUAUAACUCUUAAUAUAAGAGUUCAUUUGAAUUGCAGAAUGUUUAAGUGUUUUCUACUAUCAGAGUUGAAUUACCGAAGUUGUAGGUUCGUAGAUUGGUUUUAGAAAAUAUAUUGUAGAAAGAAGCACUACAGUAGAAAUUCAAAGAGGAUAUAGCUAAAGAUAAAGAACAAUAAAAAGAUAAGGAAAAAUCAAAUGAAUCGAGAGAAUUCCAGAAAAAAAAGAAAGAUAAAGAUAGAUGUAAUAUAGAAAACAUUGAAUGUAAAAUUGGAUAUGAAUUAUUUAUCAGGAAACAUCAUAAACAUUAUUGA